AUGGAACUCGAGUUCCUGUUGUCCAAAUUCACGUUUGGCAGCGUUGAUGACAAUUCCUCUGUUGGAAAGGCGGGAGCACAGCAACCGCAGGUGUUGAAGAUGUUCUUCAACGGAAGGCCUUGUGACAAGGAGGUCGUCGAUGUAGGCAGAAACGAAUGGCAUGCCUCGGGUGACGGAAUCGAUGAAAGGCGGGAACUAUUGGCCAGCGUUCCUUAUGCCGAAGGCCAUGCGGAGGCAUUCAAAAAGACCGAACGGCUUGCCAUGUGCCGAUGGUGUCUCAUUAUAUGGGUGGCUGCUCUGCUGGCAGCCCUGGCUGAUGCCGGGCCCACGCGUUGGGCGUGGGCGACGGUGAUGCCCGGGUCACACAAGCUGGUAAUCCAGGACGGCAAGCCGCCGCACGUGGAUUCCUCGAUGGCAUCAGGGCAUGGAGCCGUGGCCUGGGCGAGUUUUCAGGAUGACAUUUUUGAAAGCGGUUGGUCGUACCUACAAAUCGAGUCCAACCCGUACGUGGAAGACGAGCAGCAAGCGUACGCGGCUGGGGCCCUUGAGGCCUACCUCACACGACAGCUGAUGGAGAACCAGUGGGCAAACCUGUUCUUACCCUACUGCAAUAACCAGACCGAAUACUGCAGCCGGGUCAACGAGUUCCUUACCAAAAACCUCGUGUACACGCGUGAGCAACAGCACAAGUUCAAGGGAAGCGACCCCUACUGGAACGUGGCGCACCUGAUGAUGAGACAGCUGUCGGGACUGAGCGAUGUCUUCGAGAACGAAACGCUAGACUACACGCAUGAGCUGAUUUUGGUCUGCUCGGCUCUCGUCAAGGUGGUGGGCGACUUCGAAGACAUAUACAUCGGUCACGAUGCCUGGUUCCUGUACAGAGGAAUGCUGCGGAUACAGAAGCAUUACGUCUUCCCCUGGCACCGCACGGCGCACCAGACAGGUGUAGAGGACAUCAUACCGGGCCAUACGCUGUCGAUGUCUUCUUAUGCGGGAAAGCUGAUUUCCUGGGAUAAUUUUUACCUGUCAUCAACAGGACUGGCUGUCACAGAGACGUCAAUUGUGAACAGUAACCAGACACUGUGGGACACCGUAAUCCCAGAAAGUGGUCCUCUCACCUGGAUCAGGUCAGCUAUAGCCUGUCGCCUGGCUCUCACGGGCAAGCAGUGGGUCGAUAUCGUCGCCAGGGACAACAGCGGCACCUACUUCCCGGACGUUUUCGUCAUCAGUGAUCAGCUCCCAAGAGUGGAACAGUACGGUGACUUCUACACAUUCGACAACUGCCCACGUGCCAAGAUCUUCAAGAGAGACCACGUGAAGGUGAACGACAUGGACUCUAUGUUGAAACUGAUGAGGUAUAAUGACUACAAGAAUGACCCGCUUUCAGUCUGCAACUGCACGCCACCGUACAAUCCAACCUAUGCCGUCGCAGCGCGAUACGACCUCUUUGACCCACAAGGAACAUACGAUAUGCCCGGAAUGUACAGGCACGCUGUCGGAGGCGUCGAUGCAAAGGUGACCAACUACAGUCUGUUCUCCUUGCUGGAGUUUGUCGGCGUCAGCGGGCCCACGUGGGAUGACCAGCCGCCCUUCCAAUGGAGCACGACCACAUUCGAGGACGGCCACGUCGGACAGCCCGAUACAUGGAAGUUCGAUCCGGUACAUCACCAGUGGACCCAGGCACGGCUCAGUUGGCGCAAUUCCUAGAAGCUGCGCGGAUUAUCUGACUCCGUGUGUCACUACGAGUCGUCAGCCGCUCCUAUAUUAACUUCAUUCUGUGCUUUUUUUUCUUAGAUAUAACCGCUCUAAGGCGUUUUGACGCAGGACUUAUACGAAGCACACAGCAAUACUGAGCGCGCUUCGUUUAAAUCCGUUCGAGUCCACAUUUAAAGUUCUAAUAACCGACUGGUCCUUGUAGCUAUAAUGGAACUAUUUUAUUGGUCAGU